UGUUUCAUUUAGUCACACCACAGCUCCAGCAGGAGGCGCCAGAGACCAGAGCUAAACAUCUAUCCAAUAGAUCUACUGCAGAACCGCUCUGCAGUGCAGAACCUUCUUUAACCUGGAGAAGAUGUAUAAACAGAACCGAUCUGGUUAGGUCUGAAUGGCAGCGCCGGUACUCAGGGUUCUGUCGGGUUUUUACUCCACAGCCGAAGUGGCAGAAGGAUUGUCACCCAGUCUCAGGAUGAAGCUGUGUGUGUGUGUGUGUGUGUGUGUGUGUGUGUGUGUGUGUGUGUGUGUGUGUGUGUGUGUGUGUGUGUGUGUGUGUGUGUGUGUGUGUGUCUUUAUAUGUUUAAGUGGACAAGUCUGAACUCUACCACGUGGACAUUUCCACAUUGUGGGAACAUUUUGCUGGUCCACAACAUGCUCAGCACCCUAAAACUUGGUUUUAUAGAUAUGGUGUGGAUUAACUGUUAGUGUAGGUUAGUUUAGGUUUGUGUGAUGAUUACUCAACAGGAUCCCCCUGCCGCCCGAUAGCUCCACAGAGUUUGGUUUGGAACCUGAAGGAUUGCACGUGCACUCGUGGUCAGGUCCAACGUCAUUGCUUCAUGGUGUUGAUGUGCAUGGUCCAGCCGACAUGCUGGCAGGUUGUCCUGGUGGGUGCAGUCGCUCCUUAUGUCAGGAGCCAAAACGGUGCUCGGGUGAAAUAGGGCCAGUGUUCCUGGUUAGGUUUAGACUGGGACUUGGAGGAGGAGGGAUGUCUUUUAGGUUUGGGUCAGGUUGGGUUCUGGUCAGGUUCAUGGGCCUUAGGGAAGGGGUCAGAUGUAUGGGUUAGGGACAAUCCUGUCACUGAAAUUAAUGAAAGUCAAUGACUGUCCUCACAAUGAAUAACAACGAGAAUGUGUGGAUGUGUGCGCGUGCGUGUGUGCGCGUGCGUAUGUUUCUCCUGUAAACAAAGUUGAAGUUCAAUAUUCAAAACCAUGAAGACGAAGUAGAUAUUUUUAUUCCUUUUAUUUUUUCCCGCGAACAAAAUAAGUUCUUGUUAAACCGAUUUACGAGGACGUAACGAGCAUACGUCACAUCCUGUCCGCUAGGUGGCGCUGUGUGACUGGUUUGUUAUAACGUUUAAAGUUUUACUGAAUUAGCUUUAUGAUAUAUUUAUAACCACAUCUGUGUCUGACGGGCACUUCUGCUCCUUUUGGAAACACUUAAUCUUUCACUGAAUGUUCCGACCGAACCGGACCGGUUCUGUGUUCCGAGCUGUAACGUGUUGGAUCUGACAGGAAGCGGUGACUCAUCCGAACCUUCUUGUUGGACUUUAUAAAAAAGUCAAAGCAGGAUGGAAACGCGAUGCUGCUCACGGACAGAACCUCCCCGAACCCAAGUGGGUCCAUCUGAGGGGAGCUGGCUCUGAAGAAGCACCUAAUAAUCCGCCUGCAGUGGGUGGAGAUCCCACGUGGUAUAAAACAACUUUUGGCGUGCAGGGCCACUGCUUGUGGUGACUCAGGAACAGGGUCUGCAGCAUCUUACGGAGCGCACGAGAACCGAGCAUCCAGAGCCGCGCGCACCGGGAACGGGACGAACUGGACAGAAGCUGCACGACCGGGUUCGGAUAUUUGCGGGAUUUCUCGGACAGCCAGCGGCGCGUCACCGGUACGGACUCCCCAGCGCGUCUCGCACUUAGAGAUGAACUUUGUUGGCGUGGAGGGAAGACGCGUACUGAAGCAGAGGGGUCCGUUCGGUUCCGGCAGCUCCUGAACGUGUGGAUACAACGGUCUGAGCGGAUUUCUUCUCUGGUGCUGGAUGUCCCUCUUCCGGGAGACCUGCGGGGUUCUGGUCCAAGAGCGGCUGUAAGCGGACUGUGCGUCAUUCUUCACACCCUCCUCCUGUCUGGUGCGAAGCUCUGAGAUCAUGAGCUCCUCCAGCCUGCUUCUAUCGUGCCUGCUCGCGUGCGCUCUGUCCGCGCGCUGCGUCUCAGUGAGCGCCGCGGAGGCUGCCAGCUCGCCCCGGGAGUCGUGCGCGUCCUGCGGCCUCAGGUCGUCGGACCAGUCGGAGCGGGUGAACAUUGACUUCGUGGAGGCGGUGAAGAGGCACAUCCUGAACCGGCUGCAGAUGAAGGACAGGCCGAACAUCACGCACCCCAUCCCGAAGGCUGCGAUGGUGACGGCGCUGCGGAGGCUGCACGCGGGCAAAGUGCGCGAGGACGGCCGGGUGGAGAUCCCCAGCUUCGACGGACAGGCCGCCUUCAACAACGAGGUCCAGGCGGAGACCUCAGAGAUCAUCAGCUUUGCAGAAACAGAUGAGCUCACGGACCCCAAAUCGGGUUUGUACUUCCUGAUCUCCAACGAGGGCCACCAGAACCUGUUUGUGUCCCAGGCCAGCCUCUGGCUCUACUUCCGCCUGCUGCCAGCUGGUCCUGAGAAGGGUCUCCGCAGGAAGAUCACAGUCAAGAUCCACUACCAGGAAGCCACCACUCUGAGCGGUGCUGAGGGGAGUCCGGGAGGUGGCAGCGUGGGAACAGGUCGCUGGGUUCUGGUGGAGAAGCGGGUCGAUCUGAAGCGCAGCGGCUGGCACACUUUCCCACUCUCUGAAGCGGUGCGAGCAGUGUUUGGGAAGGGCAGCAGGAGGCAGGACCUGGAGGUGCACUGUGAUGGCUGUGAGGCAGCUGGCGUGGCUCCGGUUCUGGUGGACCCAGGCGACCCAUCCCACAGACCCUUCCUGGUGGUGCGGGUGCGGCAGGUGGAAGGGAAGCACCGCAUCCGUAAGCGGGGGCUUGAGUGUGACGGCACCAGCGGGGGUUUGUGCUGCCGGCAGCAGUUCUACAUAGACUUCCGUCUGAUUGGCUGGAAUGACUGGAUCAUCGCACCGGCAGGUUACUACGGCAACUACUGCGAAGGCAGCUGUCCGGCCUACAUGGCAGGCGUUCCAGGCUCAGCGUCGUCCUUCCACACCGCGGUGGUAAACCAGUACCGCAUGAGGGGGAUGAACCCGGGCUCGGUGAACUCCUGCUGCAUCCCGACCAAGCUCAGCACCAUGUCCAUGCUCUACUUCGACGACGAGUACAACAUCGUCAAGAGAGACGUGCCCAACAUGAUUGUGGAGGAGUGUGGCUGCGCCUGAGUCCAGCUGUCUUCUCCAGACCUUUCUGUUCGGUACACAUAUUCAAUAUAUCUAAUCAACUAUGUGCACCUGACACCGGUCCGGUCCGGUCCAGAAACACACAGUGUGUGUUUUUAUCCACGUCCAGCUGCUUGGCGACGGGAUGAGAAGGGAAUGAUUAUCACCAAAUGAUGCUUUCCUCUAGUUUGCCAUUUCUAGUCAAAAAUAAUGGCUCACCAGCUCCUCGAGAAUGAAGAUUUGUUUUAAAGCGCUUACGGACAGAGACAGCACCAGCACCAGCCAAUAACAUGAUUGGCACCAGACCCACCCGCCCCACCUUCUGAAGUACUUAAAGCACAAACUAGACUUUUGUUUUUAUAAAGCACUGACGAGAGACCAGCUUUUCCGAUUCAGAACACCAGCACUUCCCUGCUAAGCAGACGCAGUCUGACUGUCCUUCCUGGCGGGACUGGAGCGGCAGGAUCAAAGCCUCCACAGCGGUCCAAGCUGCUGCUGCUGCAGUGUCAAGCCCAUCUGGACGUCUGCAGGAGAGACUGGUUUGGGCCCAGCGGGUCAACACGGUGCAGUGCAGCACUUGCAGAAACUGAAAUGCACACCCUGAAUAGCACUUGUAUAAAGAAAUGCCUUCCAAGGGCGUCUGAGUGUCCUGUCAGAUGAAUAAGUGCCACAUGAGCUAUGCAAUGUAUAGAGACUGUCUCCACUCCACGUUAGACUGAAUCCUUCUACUGUCCUUCAUCGUGUCUUCUGUCUUCAGCUGUUUGAAAAAUACUUGAAAUGAGAUCUUUCGCUUCCUUUUCCAAAGCGAAUGAUUGUUGUGAUGUUUGCACUGAAGAGUCGUGGGAUGAGCAAAACAAAAACUGCCAUUGAAAAGUUAUUUUUAUAGAGGUAAAACUGAGUUUGUUUCACAUGUAUUUUACAUAACGGAACCAAAGAGGCCAGGAUGUGGGACUGAGAUGGCGAGGCCAUUAAAGUUUCUGUUUCUGAUGGCUAUGAGAGGCCUACCACCGUAUCAGGGUACGAAAAACCGUCUGACUGUCAUUCCUCACCUCUCUUUUCAUUCUCUGUUUGAACAGUAAGCAACUCUUCAUUUUUCCCAUUAAUUCUAUUUUUGUUUCGGUUUUCUAUUUAAGGAAAAAUAUUUUUAGUUCAAUAUGAAUCAUUUAGUCAAAUAAAUGUCACCUGUACAGUUUAUGUAAAAUAAAUGUUUUCUUAAAUAUUU